UGGAUAUACAAUAUUUGUAUGAAUAUAUGUAGGAGGAAUUUUAUGAGUUAGUUGAGGUAAACCUUCCACAAUCACAAAUUUAGGUAUUUCUAUCUGUUUACAUUGUUUAUCCUAACAAAAAUUCAGCCAUUUCUUACCUUCUAACUUUCUAUCUCCCAAACUUCACAUUUCUAAAGUGGCAUAUUUGGAUCGACCUGCCUCAUUAAAAUAAAGAUUUAAUAUAUGGAAAUAUUUUAACCAAAACUUAAAAUAAUCAAUUCACCAGUCAACAGAUGCUUACAACUCCACUCAAAAACAGAAUAUAUUAAAAGGAAUUCACAACUUCAAUUGAUAAAUUUUUUUAUUUAUUUUAUUAAUAAUCCGAUCAUCAUUAUUUUUUUCUAAACUAUCAUCAUCUUAAAACUAUAAAACAAUCUCUAUCCCUUAAUCCAUCAAUUAAAUUAAACCUAAUUCUUCAUACAUCAUUAUUUUCUACUAAUUCUUCUUAUAAUUUCUCACAUUCAUAUCUAAGAAUUUUUACAUCAUUUCUUCUCUCAAAUACAAUACUAAAAAUUGCGAACCAAAGAAAUAUCAUAUAUAAUAUAUAUAUAACUAUAUCCUCACUCAAACAACCAUAAAAAAUUGAAAAUCAAACCAUUUAAUACAAUAAUAUUUCUUUUUAUAUAAUUUUUCAUAUUUAUAUAUUUUGA